CAGGGGGGUCCAUCUUUUGGAUCCAAUGUCGAGGAAGCAGCGGGAUCCAGAGUCGCGGCAGAAAGACAGUGGCAGCUACUGCUGGAAUUGGAAGAAGUGCAGCGCAGUCGCCUCUCCAGCUCUCGCCAUCGCAUUCGCCUGCUCCCUCGUCUAUCUCCUCGUCCUGAUCUUCGCAAGAAAGCCCUCUUGCCUCGUACAUUCUUCCCGUUCCUCUUCUUUCUCCUCCAUCGCUUCUUCCACUUCCUCCUCUUUGCCCUCUGCCAAGACCAAGCCCACUACUUUCUCCUUCGUGGACGUGGAGACCAGGCCAAUCGAGGACGACGACGACGACGAUAGCAGCGAUCCAGCGGGCAAAAUGGCGAGCUUGGGAAACAUCGUGUUUGGGAUCGCCGCCACUGCCCGGCUAUGGGAUCGGCGUAAAUCCUACGUCAAGCUCUGGUGGCGGCCCAACGAGAUGCGCGGAUUCGUGUGGUUGGACGAGGCGAUCCAGAACUACUCGAGCGGCGCCCUCCCGCCUUCCAGGAUCUCGGGCAGCACUGCGGGGUUUCGCUACACGCGCCGCGGCGGGCGGCGGGCAGCCAUCCGGAUAUCGCGCAUCGUGUCGGAGACAUUCCGUGUCGGGUUGCCGGAUGUCCACUGGUUCGUCAUGGGCGAUGAUGACACGAUCUUUGUCCCGGACAACCUGGUCAGGGUGCUGGCCAAGUAUGAUCAUCGCAAGCUCUACUACAUUGGCGCCAGCUCCGAGAGCCACCACCAGAAUCUCAUGUUCUCCUACGGCAUGGCGUAUGGCGGCGGGGGAUUUGCUAUAAGCUAUGCUCUCGCCAGCGCUCUCGAGCAGCGCCACGACGAGUGCCUGGAGCGGUAUCCUUUUCUCUACGGCAGCGACGAUCGCAUCCACGCUUGUAUGUCGGAGCUCGGCGUUCCCCUGACGAAGGAGCUCGGCUUCCACCAGCUGGAUGUCCAUGGCGAUGUCUCGGGACUGCUCUCGGCUCAUCCGAUCGCUCCCUUCAUAAGCAUGCAUCACCUGGACGUCAUCCAUCCCAUUUUUCCAGGCGUGGGCCAGGCAGCGGCGCUUCGCCAUCUCUCCAAGGCGGUCGACAUCGACCCGGCCGGGAUCUUCCAGCAGUCGAUAUGCUACGACCGCCAGCGCUCCUGGUCGAUCUCGGUCUCGUUUGGCUACAUGGUGAAAGUGAUCCGAGGCGGCCUCAAAGCUCCCAGGGACUUGGAGACCCCGACCCGGACGUUCAUGAGCUGGAACCGGAGAUUCGACGAGGACGGCUAUUCUUUUACGAGCAGGCCUCCUCCAAAGUCGCCCUGUGACGUUCCCCUCGUCUUCCACAUGAAGGAGGUGGCGUACGCGAGCCGAGAUGGGAUGAGCGUGAGUAACUACACUCGGACCAGGACGAAGAAGCAGGGCGGUGACUGCCCUUCCAAGUCGGCCGAGGAACUGCGGUGGAUUCAAGUCCUCAAGGAGCGCACCAAGGAUUCCUGGUUUGUGGCUCCGAGAAGACAGUGUUGCCAGAUCAUGAGUGUCGCCUCGCACAGCAUGCGCCUACUGGUAAGAGACUGUAGAGACGGAGAACUCAUCCUUUGACAAGUUCAAGAUCUUUCGAAGCUCUGGCUGCUCUCACUGUUCGAGGAUGUGACCACGUCGGCCGCUGCUCAACGACACCAUAGAUACGUUUCCUGUCUGGAAAGCCCAGCGAUCGUGGUUCGUUGCGAGAAGCUCGAAUCAGGGGAGGAAACGUAGCGAACCUCUCGCGAGAGCAGCCAGACGCUAUUUCUUUUGGACGAGCCUCCAUAUCAUUUCCCACAUUCGCCUCCACACGAGGGUUAACUUCGGAGAAAAGACUGAUAACUUUCGAAUUCAAGGAUCUUAACAUCUAGACCUCACAAAAUGGAAGUUUUUUAUAAUUAAUUUAUUUACUUUUUAUUAA